AUGACAGUAGCGUCACUUCGGUUCGGUGAGGAGUUGCCCCUCAAAACUAGAGAUGACCUGUUUCAAGACAUGGGCCAGACUACAAUCGAACAAUUUAGUGUCGAAAAUAACGAGGUUGUUCUUGACAUCCGGAUGGAAGACACUCCAGGGGAUACAGCAGAAGAGACUCCAGUGUGCAGGAUAAUAACUCCUGGUUUCUGCUCUCAAAGUUGGGAAUUUAAAUUUGAAUUGGGAGUAGACUCAUCAAAUUUGAAUAGUGAGACCCCAGUUGGUGCUUUGGGAAGUUUUGAAUUUGAGUAUUACACCCACAAAUGUGAGGACUUGAACAAUAAUACAGGGUGUACUCAGAUGGACACAGAAGCUAACUUGGUUGCAGCUGAGGUCACAGUUCAAACUGUGGUUGUAGCUGUUGAUGAAGAUAAAGACGGGAUUACUCUCAAUGUGGUGAAGAUGACUAAUGAAAACGGGGAAGACCUGAGAGGAGGAAAAGGUGUCAAUCAUGGUGAAAAUGUCACUGUAGAAGUCAGCGUGUCACCAGCAUUCUUGCGUGUAGAUUUCACAUUAGAAUUACAACUAUUUGUCACCUGUAUAGGAGAGUACAUGCAAUAUUCGACCAAGGGUUGCCUUGCUGCUCCGAGUGAGCAGAGUUUUACAUCAUUUGUAGAUGAAGACCUGUCUUUCAAGUAUGAUCCUGAUGAUGAUCCCAUAUUUGGUUUGUCUAAGGAUGAGAUUGAGGAGAUUUAUAAUGGCCUCAAACCAACUGCACCGACAUCUGGUGUGUAA